GUCCACAUUAUUCACUUUCAACCUAGGACUCGGUUCAACCACAUCAAUCAUCAUUAAGUUUUUGAGAAUGUUGGUAACGUGCUUUCCUUUGAUCUUUUUUUUCGUGACCAAUUGUGCAUCAUAUAACACAAAAAUAUAUACGAAAACAGGAACAAUUAAAGGGUUUACUCAGAUUGUGCUUGGUAAAAGGUUAGAUACAUUCUUAGGAAUACCAUUUGCCGAACCUCCAGUUGGAGUCUUAAGAUUUAAGGAACCUGUUCCAAAAAGGCCAUGGAGAGGAACAAGAUACACUCAGAAGUUUGCUAAAUCGUGUUCCCAGCCUGCUUUCUUUACCUCUAAUAUUUCAGCUGCCAAUCAAGGAGAAGACUGUUUGUAUCUAAAUGCAUGGAUUCCUCAAGGAGGAUGUAGACACAAACACUCAAUGAUAUGGAUUGUAGGAGGAGGAUUCAUUACUGAGGAUGUAGUCAGCAGUGAUCCUAAAGUGAUUGCUGCAUUUACAAAUACUAUUGUUUUUACAAUAAGUUAUAGAACUGGACCAUUAGGUUUUCUAUAUUUUGACCACAAAGAUGCACCUGGUAAUAUGGGACUGCUUGAUCAAUCACUAGCAAUCAAAUGGAUAUAUAGCAACGUGAGAAGAUUUGGAGGAAGCAAGCAUAAAAUUACUUUAUUUGGACAAAGUGCUGGUGGUGCUAGUGUAAAUUAUCACAUGCUAUCCGACUUUACGCGCCCAUAUUUUCAAAAAGCAAUCAUUCAAAGUGGAGCAGCUGAUACGAAAUUUACCUUUCAUUCUCCUUCUGUUGCACUUUUUACUGCCAAUGCUUUUGCUACGCAGCUUGGUUGUAACCAGGCCUCAGUAGAGGAUAAGAUUGAAUGUCUACGAUCAUUACCAGCAUCAGUAGUAUCGGCAAUACAAAUUCCUCCUAUACCGAUCCCUCCUUUGUUUAUCAGGGCUCAUUUACCUACAAUCGACAAAAAUGGUUUCAUUUCCAAAUCACCAGCAGAGCUCAUGAAACAGCCUCUUCCCAAGCAUAUUUCCGUCAUGUUAGGGGUUGUAAAAGAUGAAGUAUCCCUCUUCAUUGCCUUUUACGUUGAUUUGUUAAAGAUACCUAUAGACAUCAGUGAUGGAGUUAUAACAAGGGAUGAGUACUUCAGACUUCUCCCACUGCUCUUUGUGGCGAGUAAUGCAACGUAUGCUAACAUAGGUGGAUACUAUCUUCGUCCAUUCUUGCCAGAUGAACCGCAGUCGUACCUAGAUGUGACCAUAGAUAUAGGUUCUGACGUUAGUUUCAAAUGUCCUGUGAUAGGGGUUGCACAGGCCUUGUCCACAGUGAACCCUAAUAAUACCGUCUACAUGUAUUCCUUUGAAUAUCCAGCAUUAUUUCCACCCGUACCUCCAUGGUUUGGGGUUCGACACGCAGCUGAAAAUGAAUUUGUCUUCGGUACACCUUUGAUAGAGAGCAUCAACUAUUCCGACACAGAUAGAUACGUCAGCAUGAGAAUGAUGAAAUACUGGACCACAUUUGCUAAAACAGGAAAUCCAAACUUCUGUAAAGACAAGUGUAACAAAUGGAAUCCAUAUGACAGCCGGGACAGAACCUACCUUAUUAUUGACAAUGAUUGUCCUCAAGAUGGUCAGGGACUGAGGGAAACACAGUGUGCUUUCUUGAAGAGCGCACUGGGCCCCGGCGAAGAAUGGAAUAACCUAAGAGGUACGUAA